AUGUUAACAAAGAUUAGCAACUCAUAAGUUUUAGUGUCACAUGGAACAAUAUUGAAAAAAAUAUCUUUAUGUCUUGAAACUGAAUAAACUAUUAAAUAUAAAAUAAUGUAUAUUACAGUUCAUCAUCUUUAUAAUUAGGAAAAGGAAAAUUUGACAAAGAAAAGGAUUCUAAACAUAUAGGUACAUUUAAGCAUUGACAGAUUAAAAUAUAAUUAUUAUGAAAUAAAAUGUCUAGGCAAAUAUUGGUUUGAAAAUUCUUUCUAUAUUGUAUUUAGUUACAAAUUAAUAAUUAGAUUACUUGUUUAACAAAUAUUUGAUCGGAAUAUGCUUAAGUUUUACAUUAAGUAUUUAAUAGAGAAAAUAUUGUAUAUUUAAUUUAAGACAAUUAGGAAGGAGUAAACUUAUAUGAAUUAAUUAUGA